AAUUGAGAAUCGACCAUGGAUAAAAUAGUAGUGCUCGUCACAGGCAGCGGAAAGGGCGGAAUUGGAUACGAGUAUUGCAAGGCUUUCACCGCCCUUGGCUGUCAUGUGUUCGCCUCUGACAUCCCCAGCCGCCUUCCUGACCUCGCUGGCUUUCCGGUCGGCUCUGUCGAGCCACUCGAGCUCGAUGUCUCCUCCGACGCCAGCGUCGCUGCCGCCACGUCCCGCGUCCUCUCCGCCUGCGGACGCGUCGACGUCCUCGUCAACAACGCCGGCAUCGGCGCCACAGGGCCGCUGGUGGAGCUCGGCCUCGAGUCGGUCCGGCGCGCGUGGGAGGUGAACGCGCUGGGUCAGCUCCGGUUGGUGCAGGCGGUGGCACCCAGCAUGGUGGCGCAGCGGAGCGGGCGAAUCGUGAACGUGGGGAGCGUGACUGCGGCCGCCGCCACGCCGUGGGCGGGGGCGUACUGCGCGUCCAAAGCGGCGGUCCACGCGAUGACGGACACACUCCGGAUGGAGCUCCGCCCCUUCGGGGUGCACGUGAUCAAGGUGGUGCCCGGGGCGGUGCGGUCGGGGCUGGGCAGGGCCAACGCGGAGCGUCUAGCGGAGGAGCGCGCGCGGUGGCGGAUCUACGCGGGGUUCCAGGAGGCGAUCGCGGAGAGGGCCGCCGCGUCGCAGGGGGCGGCCGCCACCGACACGGCCGUGUUCGCGCGGCACGUGGCGGCCCGGGUGCUGCGUCCGCGCCCUCCGAUGGAGAUCGUCUUCGGCCACAUGGCCGGCCUGUUCACCGUGCUCGCUUACUCGCCGCUUUGGCUCCGCGACUGGUACCUCGCCAAACGAUUCGGGUUGAACAAGAAAGUGUGAAAGUAUUCAUGAAUUUGUGAAAUAAAUGAAAAAUAAAAAUAAAUAAAUGAAAGAUAAAUAACUA